AUGUCUUCUUCAAACGUCAACCACCUCGCUCAACCUUGCAUUUAUGGGCAUAUUGUUUCUUCAUACCCAGAAAGGAAGUCGAGGAUUAUGAAAUGGCUAAGUAAGCUUUUCAAAAGUGGGGCUAAUAAUAGAGGAGUCACAGCAGAUGGACGUCAGCCUCAGCUUCUGGGGGAGGAAAAUAUGUCUUGGCGUGCACCAGUUAGAUCUUUGGAUGACCACCGUCCGAGGGCCAAAAAGGAAAAAGAGGAAUUAGAGCGUGCAAUUGCGCUCUCUAUGAAUGAAGAUUUAAGAAAACCAAAUGGACAUAGAUGGAGAACAGACAAUGAUGAUGAUCUAGCAAGGUCACUUCGUGAUAGCCUCAAUAUAUCAUCAUACCCUCCAUAUGCCCCUCGAGACCCUCCACAUGCUCCUCGAGACCCUCCACAUGCUCCUCGAGACCCUCCAUAUGCCCCUCGAGAUUAUUAUCAUAAGGGACAUAGAGUAUGUGGAGGUUGCAACCGCGAAAUUGAGUAUGGAAAUUAUUUGGGAUGCAUGGGGACUUUUUUCCAUCCGGAAUGCUUCUGUUGUCGUGCCUGUGGAUACCCGAUCACUGAACAUGAGUUCUCUUUGUCAGGAAAGGAUACAUACCAUAAGUCCUGCUUCAAAGAGCUCACUCAUCCUAAAUGUGAAGUGUGUCACCAAUUUAUUCCAACGAAUGGAGCUGGUUUGAUUGAGUACAGAUGCCAUCCGUAUUGGUCUCAGAAAUAUUGUCCUUCCCACGAACAUGACAACACAGCUAGAUGCUGUAGCUGUGAACGUUUGGAGUCACGGAAGACCAGAUAUGUAUCACUUGGAGAUGGACGAAGUAUAUGCUUAGAGUGCAUGGAAUCAGCUAUCAUGGAUACCGGGGACUGCCAACCACUUUACCAUACCAUCAGAGAUUACUACGAAGGAAUGAAUAUGAGAAUUGACCAGCAAAUUCCGAUGCUUCUUGUUGAAAGACAAGCACUUAAUGAGGCCAUUGAAGGGGAAAAACAUGGUUUCCAUCACAUGCCCGAAACAAGGGGUUUAUGCCUGUCUGAAGAGCAGACUGUUACAAGUAUACUGAAGAGACCAAGAAUCGGGGGUCGUGGACUAGUAGGUAUGAGAACUCAACUACAGAAGUUGACUCCCAGAUGUGCCGUUACAGCCAUUCUGGUUUUGUAUGGCUUGCCAAGGUUACUGACGGGGGCGAUCCUUGCGCACGAGCUAAUGCAUGGUUGGUUACGUCUUAACGGCUACCGUAAUCUUAAUCCCAAGGUAGAAGAAGGAAUCUGCCAGGUGCUCUCACACAUGUGGCUUGAGUCAGAAGUAAUGCCAGGAUCCAGAGAUAUGCCAUCCACUUCUAUGGCUUCAUCAUCGUCAACAUGGUCGUAUGGAUCAACAAGUAUGCCAUCCACAUCGACUGCUUCAUCAUCAUCAUCAUCAUCUAAGAAAGGUUACAAGUCCAGCACAGAAAAUAAUCUAGGCAAGUUUUUUAUGCAUCAGAUUGCCCAUGAUGCUUCUCCAGAUUAUGGAGGAGGAUUUAGAUUAGCAAUGGAAGCAGUAAAUAAGUAUGGUUUACGUUGUACUUUGGAUCAUAUUCACUUGACUGGAACUUUUCCGUUGUAA